AUCACUAUUCACUAAUGUACUGCUUAUGGAAACAGUAGAUUAUAUUUGUCAAGAAAUCACCGAAAGGCAAUUAGACUUAGGAAUCCCCUUGUGUAGCCUCAAAUAACUGCUUCUUAAGUGCACAAUGAAUGUUCACUUUUUCUUCAAUAAUUCAUACUAUCGACAAGUACAUGGAAUAGCUAUGGGUUCACCAUUAGGCCCAAUAUUAGCUGAAUUCUUUCUCGCCAAACUUGAAAACGGGAAAUUGAAGGAUAUCAUCAAGGAGUUUGAUAUUUAUUACCGAUAUGUUGAUGAUACAUUUAUCUUAGCUGAUGGGAAUGUUAACAUAGACGAAUUGUUGCUGAAAUUCAACAACAACAUCUACCCUUCGCUUACCUUUACUUGUGAAUUGAAUAUCAUUGCACUGAAUUCAGCCGUCAACGGACGUCUGAAUGGAGGUGUUGUGAGGAUUUCACUUGCCUCUAAGAUUGUAUGGAGUUCUCCUCUACUUAUUCAGAUUAAAUACCACUGUGGAAAUAUUUUCAGGAGGAAUCGGUGUGAUUCUCUCAUAAUAUUUCUUACACAGAAAGUACAAAUACCUUUUUUCUAUUUUAUUUGGAAGUGAUUAUCUUCACAGUAUAGUGAACCUAAGAUAAUACACCCAAAUUCGUUUCCAUAAGAAAGACUUAUAGGUUUCGAUGAGUUUGGAAGUUGAAGACAGUAAUUCCUGGAUAUGGGUAGUUUUCAUCAUUAGGGCACAUAUGAAAACUCGGAGAAACUGAUAACACUUAGACAAUGCGAAUCCACGUCACACAGUAUGGAAAUCACAAAUAUUACGGUUGAGCUUUCACGUCGGGAGCCACUUUCUGCAUGAGCACAGUCGAUAUCACUUAGUUGCUUCACCACAGCAGGACUGCUGCACAUGCAUUUCAUCCUAUAUAUUUGUUGGGUUUGAAGGAUUUUGUUUGGUUUACUAGCAGUAUUAUCGACAUUAAAAUCAGUCCUCUGAUAUACGAUAUUCUUGCAUUAGACAUCACACACAGCACACUACUUAAGCGUUCCUGACGGUAUGGAUAAUCUUAUUUAGAAGGAGGUCAUUGAUAAGCUGGAGUUUUCGAAUAAAUUGACACAAUAAACUUUUCAUUAUUCAUUCUUUAUGAUUAGCUGGAGUACCUUUUUCAGUGCAACCUAUUGUAAUGCAAUUCUGAUAAUAACUCCAGUAAAUAUUCAUUCUUUUAUGUAGCAAUCGUUUUGUUUAAAAAGGAUUCAUUAUUUGUUCAAAACAUACAUGUAAAUAAGAUUAUUUCCUCCCAGGAGAUAUUUCUGGGUUGAAAAUUCUUGUUUCUAACUCAAUUUAUGUCGUCCUUCCCGACAAAUACAUCUGUUGAGAUUGAAAGCUAUUUCAGAGUGGGAUAAAUAUGUAAAUAAUACCUUCUUUCCGAUAUUAAAAGAAAAACUGUUCUGUGUUUCGAUCAGUAAUGUUCCUGUCACCGUUUUUUAUUGCUCAAGUUAUGAAGCCACCUGGUUGAACUACUGGGUUGUGGAAAUUUCCAACAUCAAACUGCAUCUAGUUUUCUGUUUUUCUUGUGGCCUUCAUCAUUCUGUUAAAUUUAUGUCUCGCAAUAAUUUAAACCAGUCAAUGUGGACCUCGACCAACAGGUAAUACUGAGGUUUCAUGCUUGGUCUUCCACUCCAUCCAGUUCCAGAUAUGUC